CAUCGCGGACCGCCCGCACACCCGCUCGCCCGUCAGUGAGUAGCACGAGCACACUCCCGGCGGCCGGCACUUCCAUUCAGAACGUCAAAACCGAAUCGCUAAACAGAUUGAAGCGGCAGCGUUCGAGUGCCUUAUCUAUGCCGAGUGUUGAUGCGGGCCAGUGACCGACGACAAUAUCAUCUAUAGUACACACAGACACUCCCUCAAGAAGUCAAUACACCGUCUGGCUUUUUCGCGACUCUCCUCCACGACAACGCCGAAAGGAAAUCUGAAACGGACAGCCAUCAUCGCAUCGUCAUUCAGCUUUUCGAGGACGGCUCUCGACGUCUAAUACAUAACUACGACAAGUCAUAAGAUAUUAUUUCAAAUAUGUCAUCGUCAUCAAGAUACAGGGAUUCUGGUAAUCCAGAUUGCAAAAUAUAUGUCGGUGAUUUAGGAUCAUCUGCAUCCAAGCAAGAUUUAGAAGAUGCUUUUUCAUAUUAUGGUUCAAUUCGUAAUGUAUGGGUUGCCCGUAAUCCUCCAGGUUUUGCUUUUGUUGAAUUUGAGGAUCCAAGAGACGCAGAAGAUGCAGUUAGAGGUCUAGAUGGCAGAAGCAUUUGUGGUAGACGAGUCAGAGUAGAAUUAUCUAAUGCUGGAUCACGUAAAGGUGCUUAUAGAGGAGGCCCACCUCGUCGAGGACGUCCAUUCCAUCCUGAAGACAAAUGUUAUGAAUGUGGUGAUAGAGGACAUUAUGCUCGUGAUUGUAGACGUUUUAAAGGAGGACGACGCAGGUCAUACACUCCUUCUCGAUCUCGUUCACGAUCAUAUAGCCGUGGUCGUCGUUCUCGUUCAGGUUCGAGAUCUCCUUCACGUUCCCGUUCAAGGUCUGUAUUAACUGGUCGUUCAAUUUCCAAGUCAAGAUCUCGCAGUCGAUAAGAAGAAUAUAAUUCAGUAAAAUUGUAUCAAAGCUUCUUAAGCAACUGUUGUGGACAUUAUACUAUAUUUGCAUGGAUCAAAUACAGACGACUUAACCCGAGACCUAUCUACUAUAAUAUUUUUGAUUUAAGAUUUUAAUUAUCUUAUGAAUGUAUUUUACUUUAUUUUUUUUAGUUUAGAACUGUAUAAUAGUAAAUAUUAAAAUUUCUCUAUAUGAAAAUGUUGUUUGCAAUUUAUUAUUAUUAUUUUCAAUUAGUUGUGUUUUUAUCAUUGCACUAAAUGUAUGAAAUGUAUGCUUUACAUAUUUUUGUAAAUUAAUGGAUAAUUAAUGAAAUCAAAAAAAUAAAUAAAUAAAUAAUAAUAGUAGAUAAAUAAUUUCUUUAAGACUAAAAUAAUGUUCAUUUAAUUAAUUUAUGUGUUUCCAAAUAAUCUUGAAUCACUUAAUCUACUUAAUUUUUGCUAAUUUUCACAUAGAUGUAUUAAGAUAAAAUUCUAGAACAUCCUAAAAUCCAUUUGAACAAAUAUUUUAUUAAGAGCAAACUUUUUUGCUAUUGGGAAUAAAGGCUUGAAUUGUAUUUAAAACCGCAAUUAAUUUUAUUGAUAUUUAAGAUUGUUUUAGUACUUAAUACAGAUAAGAACGCUUUAUAUUCUCUUUACUCAUCGUUGCAAUAAAAUUGUGUAAUAUAUGAACAAAUAA